UGUGCCAUUCCCUCACUGUGCCGCAAUCCUCCAUCCGGUUUGACGGAUAGUAUAGCAUGGGCGGUGGCAAAAACGGAUGAUCUGUUUUUGACAGCCCAAGCAAGUAAAAUACCGGCCAGUGCAACGAUUCUUUACUCAUGGACUUUACGCCUAAUGUAUUCAAAUACUCUGGGCCCAAUACUAUCCAUUUCUGUGCUAUCCUUUUACACAGAAGGCGGGACGACAUCCACACUAAAAGUCAAAAAAGACUUCUUCAAAAUAGAUGAGUCUGCAAUUGGUUGUAUGAUUUGUGCGAAUGCAGACUAUGCGGGAAAUGUGGGAUCCAGUUGUCUACGGUUCGUCUAUCUGGAAGCACCAACUCAGGGUACAUGUCAGUUCCAGUUAGGUAACGUGGCAUCCUACGGUUGUAUCACAUGUACAAAUUACAGCUCAAACUACGGCGACCUCAAAUACCAAUUUUGGUUAAAUCUUAAUCCUCGUAGCACAAUCGCGGCAGAUAGCGAUUCCUCUGUGUGUGUCACCUUGCCGGUUACGAAAGGACCCGUCAACCUAUGUGUGACCGUAUCCGACACCUACGGUAAUGAAGUGCGGAAUUGUUUCGCUAAAAUCAACGUCCCACCACCACCGAAGGAAAGCAUACUGUCCUCUGCAAAGAAUUUGAUUGAAAAUGGAAACACAGCGUUGCAGAAUGUAACUCUGACCGGGACCCCGUUAGCAAAAGCCUCCGCGGUGGCGUUAGUGACCAGCACUGUGAAAGAAUGGAAAAACAUUGUGACCGAGGGUACUUUUGCUAAUCUCUUGGUUAACAAAACUGCCGAGGAGCAGGAAAGAAAUCAACGUGCUGAGGUCUUAUCUCAAGCGGUGGGAGUGGUGACUACAAUGGUGCCCACCAAUGCGGAUUCAGCUCUCCUCUCGGUCACAGCGAUUCAGUCAGUCCUAGAGAUCGGCACGGAUGUGGAUCGAAAAUCGCAAGUGCUUCUUUCGAAAGCGAUGUCUGAUAUGAGUGAUGGAUUGAAAGAUCUGUUGUCAGCUGAAAACUCAGAGAAGCAGCGGGAUGUAGCUGACCAAGUCCUGCAUACGGUGGUCAACUUGAUGCAGACUAUGAAUAGUCAAAUAAAUGACGCAGUUCCAAAGGACGUUGUGCAUGAUAAAACAAAGCUGAACUAUGACGUUGAUCUGGAAAGCGAAGGACUCAGUUGCACUGGUGACGACGUUUGGGAUGAGUUAUCGUUGAAAAAUGCGGCCACCGAUCAGUCAAGUACAACCAAAGACUUUACCCCUCCGAGUUUCACCAGUGUCGAUCCGACAACCAACCGAUCACAGCUACCGCCAUCACGAAUCGCGGCAGACAACAGUGAAGUGUAUCAAGCUUUGCUGAUGUCCGAGAUCACUACACCGGAUGAUAAUUGUGGUCUGUCUUUUCAGCUUGAACCGGAAGAUACACAAGCCUGUCCACAAUAUUUGGUUGUCGUCCGGUUGGUCUAUCCACCGGUACUCACGCAAAAAACGGGCACAUAUGAUUUUUAUCAGGCGGUACCAAUAAAUACGGAUCAAUGCUUGAAUAACACCAUGGACCCGGAUCAGGAAGGAUAUCCUUACACAUUCUUCCUAAAUAACAAGCAGCUGAUCGAAGCCCGUAGAAAGGCACUUAACAACAGUGCGGCUGCUACUCUGAGCCCAGAGGAAAAAUCCAGAAUUUAUAUUGGCUAUCGACAAUUGAAUCCGUCCGAAUUGAAUCAAUACGGCGAGGAUAAACCACCACCUAUUCCGUAUCCAUAUCGGGAUCAAAUUAACAACACCGCAUUGAGUCGCAUCUACCUCAGUACGUGUGUGAGCACCAACACAGAAAAUCCCCGAACUUGGUCUCCCGAUGGAUGUGUGGUUGGCCCCAGAACAACCACAAUGAGGACACACUGUUUGUGUUCCCAUUUGUCCACAUUUGCUUCUGGUUGGUUGGAGCUGCCGAAUGCGAUCGAUUUUGAUUAUGUGUUUGCCAAUAUGGAUUUCACGAAAAAUCCCACUCUGUACGCAACGGAAAUAGCAAUUUUGGCUAUUUUCAUUUUGCUAUUUAUUUGGGCUCGGCGAAGGGACUUGAAGGAUGUGGAAAAAUUGGGUGUCACACCACUGGCUGAGAACAAUCCGAAAGACGAGUAUUUGUAUGAGCUUAUUGUGAGCACAGGUCGCCGAACUGGUUCCGGUACCGAUUCGAAA